AUGAAGCCCCUUUCUCUAGGUGUGGUUUUGGUCAUGUCUCUGUCAUGGCCUGCUCCUGCUGACAAAGAUUCAUUCUGUUUGGACAAGGUCAGUGAUUUCUUAUGGCAAAACUGUGAUUAUGGUCAUGACCCAGUAUUGUUCAGCAGCCUGGAGGUAGAACCAGUUCCAAGCUGCACCCUUGGAAAAGCAACUAUUUGCAUGGAGACCAAGACAACUGUACCUCUCACUUCUGUGAAGGCAGUGGUAACUGGAGAAAAAAGUGGCUUCUGGUUGCAAAUCCCCUGUUUGAAAAAUAUUGGAAGCUGCACCUAUAGAGAUAUAUGUGAGACAAUUGACUCCUUCAUCCCACCUGGGGAGCCUUGCCCCAAGUCUCUCCAUACCUUUGGCCUGCCUUGCUACUGCCCCUUUAAGAAGGGGACCUACUCCCUGCCCAAGACCAGAUUCCAAAUACCUCCCAUGAAGAUGCUGCCUUCUCUCAGCAGUGGCAACUACUAUGCUCAGAUCAUUCUAAGCAAUGAUAAUACACAUCUGAGCUGUUUCAAGAUCAAUGUCUCUCUCAUGGAGAAAUGA